GCCGGGUACCCUGGCUGUCAAAAUAAAAGCUGGGGCAUGAAUGAAAGAACAACAUAAAAAAGGGUGAUGAAAGUAGGAGGCAAGUGUGAACUUAUAGUUUCCUAGAAGACGUGGGUGUUCUGUUCUCAUUCAUCCCUCACGUUUCUACCACCACUCCUCCUCCUUUGUAAAAAAAACAUGCAGGAGGAGGAGGAGGAGGAGGAGGAGAGAAAAUGAAGUCAAUUAUACAACACUCUGCUUCUCUGCAGCUCUCCUCCUCCUCUCCUCUGUUACUACUACAGCUGCUGCGGCUCCACAUGUAGCCUCCAACCGGCACCCCGGCUCCAGGCUCUCUGCAGGCAUGUCGGUGACGGUGUUGGUGGCGGAUCGGGCAGCAGAUCUCGCUGCGGGGGAGGAAGGCCUAGACCAAGCGGGCUCCUUGCUGCCAGCUGUUGAGCUGCCAAGGAAACGAAAGGGAGAUGUGGAGGGCACCCAUGUACAGCAAAGCGACGACUUCCCAAUGGACGAUGACCUCAGCAGAUCUGAAGCAGAGGAUCAGCAAGUCAAAAUGAAAUGCUUCAGGGAGCCUCACCGACAGAUCGAGAAGCGGCGGAGAGACAAAAUGAACAACCUUAUCGACGAGCUGUCCGCCAUGAUCCCCGCCUGCCAGCCCUUUGCUCGAAAACUUGACAAACUCACCGUCCUGCGGAAGGCCGUGCAACACCUGAAAACCCUUAAAGCCGGGACAAGCGGCGCCUUUAACGACACCACCUACAAGCCUUCAAUCCUGCCUCUUGAUGACCUCAGGCACCUUCUGCUCAGGGCUGCGGACGGUUUCCUGUUAAUUGUUAGUUGUGACCGGGCUAAAAUCCUGUUCAUCUCCGAGUCCGUCUCCAAGAUCCUCAACUUUAGCCGGUUGGAGCUGACCGGACAGAGCUUGUUCGAUUUCAUCCACCCCAAAGACAUCCACAAGGUGAAGGAGCAGCUGGCGUCUUCGGAGUACCCUCGCCACCGCCUCAUUGAUGCUGCAACUGGCGUCCAGGUCCAGGUGGACGCCCCCGUCAGGCCGCCACACUUGUCCCCUGGGGCCCGGAGAACCUUCUUCUGCCGGAUGAAGCACAGUCGGGUGGCUGGGAAGCAAGAGGACAAACACUUGCUGCCCUGUCCUUCCAAAAAGAAAGACACCUACAGAUACUGUACCCUCCACUGCACUGGAUACAUGCGGAGCUGGCCGAGCAGCCAGCUGGACUCGGAUGGCGACGCCGACAAGGAAACCUCAAACCUGUCCUGCCUGGUGACGGUGUGCCGCCUCCUCUCUCACUUGCCCCACCAGCCUUCCAAAGACGUCAACGUCAAGCCCUCCGAGUUCAUCACCCGCUGUGCCAUCGACGGCAAGUUCACUUUUGUCGAACAACAAGCCACCGCAGUCAUCGGUUAUUUGCCGCAGGAAGUUCUCGGCACGUCGUGUUACGAGUACUUCCACCAGGACAACCUGCAGCACCUCACAGAGAAACACAGGCAAGUUCUCCGGAGCAAAGACAAGAUCGAGACGCAGUGCUACAAGUUCAAAACGAAAUACGGCUCCUAUGUUUCACUCCAAAGUCAGUGGUUUAGCUUCACAAACCCAUGGACCAAAGAAGUUGAGUUUAUCGUGUCUUCGAACAGGGUCGUCUCCAGGGGGCCCGGUCACACAAGAGAUGAGGCAGGCAGCUCAAAAGCACUUCAGGAAGACAUAAAGCAAAUACCCAUAAUUCCAGGCCUUUCCAGUGGUGUGGGCAUGAUGAUCUACGCCGGCAGCAUAGGGACCCAAAUCGCAAAUGAGCUCGUCGACUCUUACAGGAUGAACUCGUCUCCAUCAAGCGGAGCUUCCAGUCCGUUUGGCCCGGCCCAGGAGAAAGGUCCACUGGUGUCCCCACAAACCAGCACGAGUGCGUCCAGCAGAGAGGAGGCAGCAGGCAGUUCAUCGCAGUCCCAGCCUGACUCGAGGACAGUGGUGGACGCUGGCAGUGCAACUUCUGAAAGUUCAGGCGAGCCGUCCCAGCUGGACUUGGACAGCAUGGUGGUGCCGGGCCUGAGCAGCUUCAGCAGCGACGAGGCGGCCAUGGCGGUCAUCAUGAGCCUGCUGGAGUCGGAUGUAAACAUGGGUCAAUCAGGCGACUUUGAGGACUUACACUGGCCUUUCUAGACGGCGCACAGACUUUAAGCUCUCACAUGCUCUUGUGCCGUUUUUCCUUGCCGAGAACUUGGUAGUUCUGGCCUUGCACAUUGAACCCACUGGACUUGUACCAAAGGCCGCAAACGUGUCGUACUUGAGGAAGCCUAACAAAAGAGUUAAUAGGAAUUAUUGUUACUGUGAUUAUGAUGUUGAAGGAAUGUCAGGUUAGAGUGUCACCGGAGCCUGUGGUGAUUCAGUGUCUUCCUCAGCGACACUUCAGCUUAAAACCGAGACGUUCCACAGCAGAACGAUUUAUCUGUUCGCCUUGCUUGCCCCCCCCCCCGACGAGUGGCCAAGGUCUGUAGGAGAAUCAGACUUCUGCCAUGUGCAGUGCUGCUAGAGAAACUCCUCAAACCUUUGACAUUUGCGAAACUUUCGGUACCCGUGAUGACACGUGUUUUUCAUGACAUUUUUUUACUCUGUUUUUUUUUUAAAGAUCCCCUCCAGAUGCAUUUUGAGUCACGUAAAAAAAUACUCUGCAGAGUAAUACUUGUCCGAUAUUGUGUCCAGUAAGUAGAAGAAGGCUAAAAAAAGGACGUCUAUUGCUUCUCCCCUUUAUUAAGAAUUGCAAACUCAUUAAAUAUGCAAAGAUGGAAAUGCCUCAGGCAACGCACCACACCCACCACCACUACUGGUCCAGUUAUACUCCAUUUGGAAGAUUAUAGCUUACAGUUAUAUAUAUUAUAUUAUAGCGCACAAACUAUCAUUUAAAAGAAGUGCAGAUGAUUCUAAUCAUGUCUUUAUGUACAGAUAUUAUUCAGAAAGCAUUUCUGAUUUUGUCAGCACACCGCAGCCAUCAUAUAGAACUUUUACUAAACCAGAUAAGCAAAAUUAAGGGUGGGACUUCACCUCUCUAUUAGACUUUGAACCAUUAG